AUGAAAGCAUCUAAAGUUGUGCAUCUAAUAGGGAUUUUGAUAUUUCAACGUCUCCUGACUUCAGUUCCAGCCAAAGUCCUUUGGAUAUCUGAUAAUGAAUCCUUCAUCGAAGGGAAUAGCGUCACAUUAGCAUGCAGAGUCAAAGGCAACCCGGUUCCAUAUGUAUCCUGGAUUUCACCCAAUGGAACUGUUUUACAAAACAAGACCAACAGCGAGAACAAUACAUAUACAAUACAACAUAUGUAUGGCUGGCAUGUUGGGGCUUAUCGAUGUAUGGUGCAGAAUGUACAUGGCGGAGAUGACCGUAUUACCUACAUAUAUUUACCUCCAAAGAUCAAUACCAUUCAUCCUCAAUCAAUCACCGUCAACGAGAGCAACACCAUCACCAUAUUUUGCAAUGCCACUGGUCUACCACAGCCUUCAAUAACUUGGACGAAGGCAGACAGAAAUGAAGAGGUUAUUAGUUCAGGAGAAACGUUAACUAUCCCCAGCAUUAGGCGCAAUCAGACUGGUGUUUAUGUCUGCACUGCUAGUAAUGGUGUGUUGGGUUCUGCAUCCGGGAAUUCUUCCAUUAAUGUACAAUUUUCUCCAAGUAUCAUCUACACAUCACCAAGUCAGUCAAUAACAGAAAACGAGACCUUAACAUUGUUCUGCAACGCGACUGGGAAUCCCUUACCUCCUAUCCAGUGGUUCAAGGUAAACAGCACCAAUGUUGUGUUUCCUAUUGGCAGUCAACUCACAAUAGAAAGAAUAAAGGCAGAUGACAAAGGGAUAUACAAGUGCGUUGCAGACAACGGUAUUGGUCGACCAGUGGCGAAAGAUAUCCACAUAAAUGUGUUAGUUUCCCCUACCAUCGACGUAAUAUUCCCAAAGACUCAGGUAGUCACCGAAUCAUCUUCGGCAACUAUAUUCUGCAAUGCCACAGGAAACCCAGAGCCUAACAUUACUUGGACAAAGGACGAGGACAGAAGCCUGAUCCUCCCUAAAGGAAAGACCCUCAUGUUAUCCAAAAUCAAUCGUAAUUGCACGGGUACAUACAGAUGUACAGCUGAAAAUGGAGUUAUCAAAACGGCGCAAGGAAUUGCCACUAUAAAUGUACAUUAUUCGCCUAUGAUAGUAAGAGCUCCUAAAGAUCAAUUUCUUAACAAAACAAAUCCACUGAUACUCUUUUGCAAUGCAACUGGUAACCCUGCGCCUAAUAUAACUUGGGAGAAAAUCGGUGGAAGCAUCCGAGUCUUUAAACCAAGUCAAAUGCUCUACAUCAAUGAAACGUCAAAGAUAGAUGAAGGAAUAUAUAGAUGCACAGCAGAAAAUGGUAUCGGGUCUGCGGUUAAUGCCACAGCAUACGUGAAAAUCAAUGCAUUCGUUGCCCCUAUCUUCAACCAUACUCAAACUAACCUAACUGUAAAUGAAUCCAGCUCAGCAAUGCUACACUGCAAUGCAAGUGGCAAUCCUUCACCAACAAUACAUUGGUCAUAUAUCAAACAUGGACUCACGACCAAGAUUUCUAACGAGGAAAGUUUGUUUCUAAACAAUAUCCAAAGGAACGAAACUGGAAUAUAUAGUUGUAUAGCGACCAAUGGAGUAGGCGACCCAGCAAUCACUGAUACAUUUGUCGAUGUUCAAUAUGGCCCAGAAAUUUUAAACACUAUCUCCCAACUAACAGUAAAUGAACGUGACGUAUUCACCGUUAAAUGCAAUACCUCAGGAAACCCAUCACCAGAUGUAAAGUGGAAGAAAGUUGGACUAAACCAAACAUAUAUCAUUUACCACCAAGAGGUUCUUAACUUUACAAUGGUUACUAAACGGCAAGCGGGGACUUACGUCUGCGAAGCUAAGAAUAUUUUAGGAACUGCUUCCGCUUCUGUUAAACUUACAGUACAAUAUAAACCCACUAGCACCGUGUUGACAAGUAAUACUUCCAACAACACUGCUGAGUUUGGAAGUACUCUUUUCAUAAAUUGCACAACUGAUGCUGUUCCUAAGGCCCAUUUAUUCAAGCUAUUCAAUAAUGGUCAAUUAUUGGAAGAAAAUGAGCUUGGUUUGUUUGUUCUUUCACACGUGAAUCGAUCUAAUGAAGGAAGUAUCCAAUGUUUGCCGUAUAAUGUUCUUGGUGCUGGAGAAUUAGCAGAGAUGAAUUUGACAGUACGUUUUGAAAUUGAACCAAUGAUACAGAACCAUUCAGAUAACCUGGUCACGAACGAAGGACAACAUUUUAUUCUUUACUGUAAUGCCACUGGGUUCCCAGCACCAUCAAUUACAUGGUUGUUUCAACAUUCCGAUCUCAAUAAAACUUUAAGAUCAAAUACAAGUAGCUUGGUAGUGAUGAAUGCCACAAGAGAAGACAAUGGAGCAUAUAUAUGCCAGGCUGCAAAUGGGGUUGGGUCUGCAGCUGUAGCUAUAGUUAAUGUCAGUGUGCAAUAUAAACCAGAAAUGCUGAGACCUUUGAAACGUUUUAUAAAUUCUUGGAAAGGAAGACAAGCUAUAUUAACAUGCGAAGCCAAUGGGAAUCCAGUACCAACCAUCACGUGGUCUAGACCUGGCUUACUGGGUACUAUUGCAAUGAAUGAAAGGACAGCAAAAAGUACCCUUUCUGUGAUGCUGACAAGUUCUUCUCUAUUUGGUACUUACGUCUGUAAUGCACAAAAUUCUGUGGGAAAAAUUUCAAGCGAAAUAAAUGUUAUUGAACUAGUUGCACCAGGGUCGCCAUUCAUUGAACGGAUUGAACCAGGAAAUGACACAAUAACGAUCACUUGGAACAAACCGAAAAGUGAUGGAGGAACGCCAGUGACAUCGUAUGUUGUUGAAGUGAAGCGAGAAGGAGACGAGACCUGGGCUUCUUGUACCACACAAGGCGAACUUCGUUGCUCCAUCCCUGGGCUAAAAAUAGCUACUGGCUACACUGUAAGGAUAACCGCCCAAAACAUCGUUAGCAAAGGAAAAACAAAUGAAGUCCAAAUUGUUGUGACUGAGCACGAUAUCCGCCUUCUUGAUGAGCGUUGGUCAGGUGUUUUGUAUAGUACAACUAGUACCAAUUUUACAAGACUAUCGAGUAGGUUCGAACGAGAGGUGUGGAAUUCGUAUUCAAGUGUUGACUACGUGAAAGGCAUCAAAGUGAUAAACUUCAGGCCUGGUAGCGUCAUCACAAAAUUCCGAAUCGCACGCUUAAUAAACACUACGGAUCAUUUGAAACCGCUCGAAAUAGCAUUAGAUGAUGGGUAUCUAGGUCAAAUGAGGGCUGAAUUCUAUUUUGAAAAGCCAGAAUGUGAAAUUGAUACUUUUAAAAAAAUAACACAUGUACUCAUUUUUGCAGUAACUUUGACGAGGAACAAGGAACAGAAUGAUGUUGAGAGCGAGAGUAAUCAAGGUGAAGCGGAUAAAGAGGGAAGCUCUGGGAAGAAUGAAAGCAAUACUAAUGAGGACGAAGGAAUUGAGAUGGACAUAUGGUCAGUGGAUUUGGAUGGCAAAGUAUCUCGGCUUUCAGUGAACAGUGGUAUUAAUUCCCCAAGGCCACCACGACCCCACACACCAAUGACGAAAAACCGAGUACAUCCAGCCACGCCUGAAAUGCUGCAAGACGACAACUCUCGACGUGAGGGAGUAUACACUACUCAACCUGCCACAGGCAUCCCAACAGAAUACGCCCAUGUGCUUGAGAGAAGUGGAACUCGGGAUCGAUUGUAUGCAGAACUUGCAUGGCUUGAGAAAAAAGGAAGGCCGAAGCGCAGGACGCGGCUACCGAGCAUCUCAGGUAGUUCUGCCAUUCAGCACCGGAAGUAUAGUAUCCUCGAGAUUCUUCAGAAACAGCAACAGGAAGUGGAAAACUCAAAGGAAACAAACGAAAAUGAACCUGAAAGCGAAAUGGAAUAUUAGUAUUGUUUUAUGCAUAUAUUGGAUAAGCAGCGGACAUAAUUAUCGUCCUUCCUCUUCCUCCUUUCUAUUAGCUAGCCAUUCCGGAGUUGUAGUAAAUCCUGGACCAAGGUUGCUUUGCUUUGCUUGCAUAUCAAAGGACUGUUUAAGGGGACGUUCUCUGAAAAUGGCGUCUAUAGGCCACUUCACGCAUCCCGUUACUCAACCUCAGCCUCGUCAGCGUGUAAUUAUUCUUUAGAAUUUGACUACAGUCCGCAGUAAUGAAAGGAAUUUACACAUCAACGAACAAUUGAAACACUUAAAAUUUCACAGGUUGUAGGCAAUUUCUAAAGAAUAUAUUACACGCUGACGUGGCUGAGGGUGAGCCGCGGGAUCUGUGAAAAGGUCUAUUGUGUGCCCUAAAACAAUCCCAAAACUCACUGUGAAAAUCCAAUUCGACCGAGUAUUUUACUCAACCUCGGAAAUGCAAAUGUCAUUUUAUAACUAGUUUGUUUAAGCCAAAGUUAUGAGUUAUUAAUAGCAGAGGAAGCUACACUCUAAACCAUGUAUAAUAGAGUGAUGUUGAAACAAUUUACUUUAUUUUUCAAGUGUUAUUAGUUCAU